CUAUCUCCCUGAAGCUCCCCUACUUCAGCAAUGGCUACCAGCAACUCAUCCACUUCACCUACCCACCAUAGUCAUGGAGAGAACCAUUCGUCAUGCAGCUAAUUCAGCCGUCAGUGGUUUAUUGCUUCUAAUUGCAGCCACUCUCGUUGGAGGCGUACAAGGAACCAUUGGUGUCAACUAUGGCACCAUCGCAAAUAACCUCCCUCCACCAGCUGAAGUUGCACAUUUCCUCUUAGAAGAAACAACAAUCAAUCGUGUGAGGCUAUUUGAUGCCAACCCUGCAAUUUUGCAAGCCUUCGCCCACACUGGCAUUGCCGUCACCAUCACCGUGCCCAACCAGCAAAUACCUGACCUCACCAAGCUUUCCUUUGCUCAACAUUGGGUGAAAUCCAAUGUUCUCCCCUAUACACCCUCUACCAACAUAAUCCGAAUCUUAGUUGGAAACGAAGUUCUAUCAACCGCCAACAAGUUGUUGAUCGCAAGCCUUGUGCCGGCAAUGCAGAACCUCCACACUGCCCUUGUCGGAGUCUCUCUUGAUCGCCGGAUUCAGGUCUCAACACCACACUCCCUAGGCAUCCUCUCAACUUCUAGCCCACCAUCAACUGGAAAGUUCCGGCGAGGCUAUGACACCGUUGUACUAAAGCCAUUGCUUAGCUUCCUAAAGGCCACCAAUUCCCCUUUCAUGAUAAACCCAUAUCCCUUCUUUGGUUGCUCCGAAGGCACACUGGACUACGCUCUGUUCCGUCCAAAUUCCGGGGUGUUGGACGACAACACCCGACUUGUUUACACGAACAUGUUAGAUGGACAAUUGGACGCUACUUUCUCUGCAAUGAAGCUCCUUGGCUUUGAAGACGUUGAUAUAGUUAUAGCCGAGACUGGGUGGCCAUCGCUCGCAGAUCCUGGGCAGCUUGGUGUGGAUUCGGAAAAUGCCGCAGAGUACAACGGGAAUCUCAUAAAACAUGUCACAUACGGUGUAGGCACUCCUCUCAUGCCCAAUCGAACCUUUGAGACAUACAUCUUUGCUCUCUUCAAUGAAAAUUUAAAGCCCGGACCAACAUACGAGAGGAACUUCGGGCUCUUCCAACCCGACAUGACUCCAGUAUAUGACAUCGGUAUCCAACGACCCACGAGAAGUGCAUCCUUGCCUUUGAAUCCGAGCCCAGUAGUGACACCAAAGCAAAAACGAUGGUGCCUUCCAAAAUCAGAUGCCGACCCAAAGGCUCUCCAAAAUAACAUUGACUACGUAUGUGGGCUGGGCUUUGAUUGCCGACCUAUACAAGAUGGAGGUGCCUGCUUCUUGCCCAACACUGUUCAGGCCCAUGCUGCUUAUGUCAUGAAUGCCUACUACCAGGCAACGGGGCGUAAUGCUUAUGAUUGCGAUUUUGCCCAAACCGGGGCAAUCUCUACAGUUGAUCCAAGUUAUGGAGGGUGCAGAUAUUGAUCGUGAAGAUAAGUAGAUCACAGAACUGAAGCAAAGAAGUUGGGGAAUGCAUCUUGUGCAUUCAAAAGCUUUGGUCCAGAGAUGGGAUAGUUUUAAACCUAUUUAGGAAUUUUAUGGAUGUAAUACUUCAUUUUCCAUUUAUUAUUUUGUCAUUAAAGAUGUCAUUGAUUGUCUGUAAAGCAAAUAAUAAAUAAUAAUAGU